AUAUAAACAAGGUUUUUUUUUUGACAGAAGUGAUAACUAGCUGAGACUUGUUUGUUUGUGUGUUUAGGGGAAGUACUCUUCAAAAAUUUAUUGUGGUGGUUGUUUAAUGGCAACAUCAGUAUUUAUAAGGUUUAUAAGUCUUUUACUGUUUUGUAUAUCGACUGUUGUUUUAGUUAUAUCCGGUAACGAUGAAGUUGGAAUAGGUGAAUUACCUUUUUGCAAUCCAAGUAACUUGAGAACAGAAGAUGAGAUUAAGAAGUUAGUUUUUGUUUCCACUUUGGACGGCAAACUGUCAGCUUUAGAUGCUUUGUCUGGAGGUUUGCUAUCAUGGGAUGUCAACACAGGGCAAGGCCCAAUGCUUUCAUCCAGCAUACAUCGCCUAGAGCUGACCAACCAGGGCCAGUGGGUUCGGAUGAUCCCCUCGCUGAGUGGAGGGCUGUACCGUUUCAACGGGGAGAGCAUCGAGGCUGUCCCAGUCACUGCAGAUAACCUGUUGCAGUCAUCGGGCUACCUGUUUUCCGACAACUUGGUCAUUGCAGGUGGGAGGGAGACAUCUACGUAUGGGGUAGACGUGAGGUCUGGCCGGCUGAUGUACGAGUGUUCGAUGAGCAACUGCAGGAACUUCACGGACGAUGCCACAGACACUGAGGAGGUCUUAGUCGUGCAGAGGCUCACCCAGACGGUCAGAGCUGUGGAAGCUCGCUCCGGCUCCGAAAGAUGGAACUUCAGUGUGGCUCAGCACGAUGUGAAGAUGGUGAUGAACCCCAACUCGGACUGCCACGGGGGCAAGCAAGAAGGCCGCAGUCCGGCUUUCGACUUCGUCCUCAAAAUAAUUGUUCCAGAGGGCCUGGUGUGUGCCUUCAGCAAGGCCAAUCCCAGCAGGGUGGUGUGGAAAUACAAGUUCGAUGCUCCGGUGGUGUCGGCGUGGCAGUACGCGGAAGGCAGCAUGCUGGAGGUAGACUUGUUCAGCGGCUCGCACUGGCGCGGGGAUGACCUGGGGGUCGGCUCGCCGCCGCUCUACAUCGGGAUGCACAACAAGCAGCUGUACAUCCAGGAGAGCGUGAUGCUCCAGAGGAGGAAGGCCCUGCUGGAGUCCCGCGCGACCGCCGGCGACCCGGGGCUGUCGCUGCGCAUCCCGUGGCACCCGGUCCCCGUCACGAGUACUGCCCUUGGUCUCCCAGAUGGUAGUGACAGCAACGAUAGCAGUGAUGAUCACGACACUCAACUGUCUACCACAGCCAUGUCUGUUCUGUACGCUUCUUCAUACGUCAAUGGUAACGGCUACUACCUCUUCAGUGAGAAUGACUUGUCGGACAAGCACGGGCAGUGCCGGCGUAACGUGACCAUCGCGCCGGUCGUCUCGCCGGAGGACUCCGGGGGCGGGGAAGAAGGGAUGUUUGCAGAGGACACGCCAGCACAGAUCAUCAUUGUCUCCAUCUGGUACUACUGGAAAGAAGUGGUAAUCAUAAGUUUCAGCACAGCCUUGUUGGUGAACCUACUGUACAGGAAGGUGUACGUAAAGGAACUGAAGGUCGUGGUGGUGGAGAAGCCCGUGAUCGUCACCGAAGAUACGGACUCCGGCAUCGAUCAGUCGACCGCCAGGAGCCAGUCGAUUCCCGGGCAGCUUCCUGCGGUGCCAGAGUUCACUUCCCGCUACCUCACGGAUUUCGAACCCGUCCGCUGCCUCGGCAAAGGAGGUUUUGGUGUCGUGUUCGAGGCUAAAAAUAAGAUUGAUGACUGGAGCUACGCUGUGAAGAGGAUAGCAUUGCCCAAUAGGCCAGAGUCCCGGGACCGGGUGAUGCGCGAGGUGCGGGCGCUGGCCAAGCUCGACCACCAGCACAUAGUGCGCUACUUCAACGCGUGGCUGGAGUGCCCGCCCCCCGGCUGGCAGGAGCAGCAGGACAAGCUGUGGCCGCCCAGCAUCAGCACUUCAUGUUCUUUGGAGGAGGUUACCUCUAUGGACCCAGUUAAACCAUCGAAAGCCACAUAUCAAGACAAAAACUCUUCCAAUGCUGGAUUCCUCUUAAACUUGCGAAGUACUAACAACAUAGACGACUCUCUAAUCCACCCACAUGUGAGGAGCAAGAAAGGCUGCCGCUCGUUGGAUAUAAGCGAUUCUUUCAUCACCUUUGAAUCACCAGAAGAGCAAGAAGAAGAGUGCGAUAGGAGGCACAGUGUUAUCACUCUCAAUAGCAACAGCUCGGAGAGCAACUCCAAGACCAAGUGGAAGAAACAUUCCAACAGCAACGAGAUGAAGCAGGUGGUGGUGAAGCGGCCGUUCUCCCUGGACGUGGGGAGCGGGGACGGAGGGAGGCCCGUGGAGCGCAUGUUCCUGUUCAUCCAGAUGCAGCUGUGCCGGGAGGAGAGCCUGCGCGAGUGGCUGAAGGACAACGUGGAGUCCCGGGACCCCGCCACGGUGCACGGCGUGUUCCUGCAGAUCCUGGACGCCGUCGAGUACGUCCACCUGCAGGGCCUCAUCCACAGGGACCUGAAGCCUUCGAACAUCUUCUUCUCCUUGGACGGGCAGAUCAAAGUGGGUGAUUUCGGCCUCGUAACCGCGAUGGUCGAAGGCAGUUGCGACCAGACUCCGUGUGCUGAGGGUAAAACAUUCUUGGCGGACGAGAAACACACGGCGCAGGUCGGAACCCAACUCUACAUGAGUCCUGAGCAGUCGAAGGGUCUGCCGUACAACUACAAAGUGGACAUCUACUCGCUGGGCGUGAUCUUGUUCGAGCUGCUGGUGCCCUUCCGCACGGAGAUGGAGCGGGUGACGACGCUGACGAAGGCUCGGAGCAACAAGCUGCCCCCUCAGUUCCAGCUGCAGUUCAAGGAGGAGUUUGAUCUCCUGCAAAUGAUGCUGUCCCACAACCCGGACGAGCGCCCCACCACGUACGGCAUCCGCGCCCGCCCGCCGUUCAACCAGCAGUCUGCGGCGGAGUGGCACUUCGAGCUGCCGUCCCGCCGCAGAACCUCCAGCACCAACCACUCCACCAGCUCGAGUGCAGACUCGAACGUUGACCAGAGGUAGCGAGUGCCGGCGGUUGUCCUUCCCUUGCCGAGCAGGCGUGUCGUCUGUGAAGUGAACGUGCCUUGAUUGUUGCUUAAAGGAAUGAGGUGCCAUUUGGUGUCAGGAUGAACUCUCAGUAACUCGGACCUCAACCUUGAUAACCAUAAUACAUCUUUUUUUUUUAAAAAAAAAUGGAAUAAUAUAUUUAUUAGUUAGGAACUGUUGCAGGUCUAAAAAUUGUUGGGAAAAUUCUUGUCUUAUUAAUACCUUUAAAAUUAUUAGUAAUAAUAGUGAGUGAAUAUUUUUGUUUAUAGCUUGUUAUUGAACAAGCAAAAACCUUGCAGUAUUACUUAGGUAGUCAUUCAAACUUACAAGAAAGGUUGUGUAAAUAUUUGGUAAAUCUAUAAUUAAAGAGUAGAGUAUCAAUUCCAUUUAGAAAUUUGCCAUUUUAUAUUGAUUUGCAACAGGGUUUAUCAGUUAUUCCAUCAAGCAAUUACUAAGACAUCAGUACAGUGUGAAAUUAUGUUGGUUAAUUCUUUUAAACAUAGAAAUAUUUACAUUUCAAAAUGGACUCAACAUUUUUUGUCACUUUGUAGGAGUGGCAGGGUUUUAUGCAUAGGUAGCAAAUGAAUAGGAGCGUUACGACUUAAGUGACCUUGCUAACUGUUAAGUGUUAGCAGUGCAUGCUGUUUAGCCAAAAACUGUGCAAGAAGGUUUAGUUGACUGAGAGUUUUUAAUGAGGAACAUGAAUUUGACCAGCGGAGAGGGCCUCCUUGUUUUAAAAAUUAAGUGUACUUUUGACAUGAAAAGGGCACAUUAAAAAUAAAAAAAAAUAAUGUAUAUACAACACUUUGGGGAAAACUUCAUGAACUUACAGAAAGGUGAGGGAGUGUUUAUAAAUAUGUACUCUGAAAUAUCAAGACAGACUUACUUUGCAAAAAACAUUUCCGUUUUAAAUAACUAUGAAAAUAAAAAUAAUUAAGUUAGUCUGGUGGCACUGUGAAUUUUUUUCUUUUUGAGGAAUCUGAGAGUGGGGAAACACAAAAAAAUUAUUGGACGAUUAGGUUUGCUUUUAUUUGAGUUUUGAAUGGACAAACAACCCACAAAUAGUACUAUUAAAAUUAAAAAUAACUUAUGGUUAUGUAUGUAGUGUACUUCAGCAGGUAGAACCUGCAACGUUUCCAUAUAAUUACAUAUAUUGAGAGUUCAUCUUAUUUCGGAAUAUAAGUAUUAUAACAAUUCUAUUUGUUAAAAACUAUGUAUAUAUUAAUGUAAAUUGUAGUUAUAAGUUUCACAUUGCAUUUAUACUUUCUGAAAAGACUGUAAUUAUGUAUGUGAUGUAAGGAAACAUUUAGUGUUUGUAUUUAUUUAUUGCGGAUUGUAAAGACCUGCAGAUAUGACUGAACAAUUUUGUUUAUUUUACUGUUAUUAUUGUUGUAGCUAAUGUAUGCAUCAUAAAGUGGAACUUCAGAGUAAAUUUGAAAGUAGAUUUUACUUUUGCUGGAAAAUCUGCCUUCUUAGUUGUGAAAAUGCAUUUUAUGCAUUUAAAAUUUGAAAAGUUGACAAUCUGGAAUCCUUAAAAAAAAAAUUUGUUUUCAAAGUGUUUAUCAGUUAGGUUUGAUAGUUAGGGAAUAUAGGUUACUAGAAGAAGAUAUACAUUUUUUUUUGUAAUAAGAAUGCAGGUAGAGAACUUGAAAAAUAGUUGGUAAGCUGUCAGUAAUUAUGUGAUUGAACACUUUUAUAUUCAGACUAUUAUGAAUCACUCUUUCCAAAGAACUGAAACAUUUACGAUAGCAAAUUGUUUUACACAUACACUUGCACAAUGUCGGAGAAGAUGAGUACGUAUAAACUUUAUUGCUGUUGCUCAUUAAUUAUUUUGAGAUGUGGGAAGUUAUUUUAAAUAAUAUACUUAAAGAGUACAAUAUUUAAUUUGGCUAUUCCUCUGAUCAUAGAUAAUUGUAUAGGUUUUAUUUUUCAUUCCAAUUUGUGCUUUCAUAAAUGUCAAUGGUCUUAAUUUUCAUUUCCCUAAAACCUACUUUCAAAGUGAACCAAUUAUUGAUGGCUUCCUUAGCAAGUGAAACUACAAUAUAAUUGUAUUUUAUGCUACUAUGAUACAUCUUAAGAUAUUCAUGCUGUUUUCACAUGUGAAAUGAAUUUGUUAACCUAUUAUUCUGGAAUAAAUAUUUUUUUUGUUAUA